UAACUGUAGUAACGCUGCGCCGUCAGACUCCGGCAACGUCAAGAGGAGCAGAGACUCAGAUGUUGGACGACUUCAGAGGCGUUUUUAUCAGAGUUUAGUGACUAGAAACCAACACGGGUUUAGGUGAAGUUUCCGUUAAUGUCAGCUCGCUGUUACUAGCAAACAAACACCGAGGUUAGAGACGUCUAAUGUCCACAACUGACCCUUUUAAUGAACCAAACACAUCUCGUGAGGCAAAAUUCAAAUGAACCGACAAUGUUUGGAGUAAGAAGUUGAAACAAGAAGUUUUGGAAAUGGAUUCAGGCAAAGUUGUGCACAGAAGAAAACCGGAUAUUCCUACAAUCAGACCAAGAGCAUCGGAUCAGAAGCAACAUGUCCAGGAGGCCAGUGUGAAAAGUAUUGAACUCAGUAAGGUGAUUCGUCUUUUUGAAGAUCCUUUGACAGCUAACUCGAAGGAGAGGCACCUUUUUGUGCUGAAGAAACUACUGAAGAGAAGCCAAAUUGGCUUUCUUUUGAGGGAGCUGACAGGCAUCGCCAAAAUACUCAACAUCUGUGCUGAGAAAGUGACGGAUCACCCUGAAUAUGUGCCCAUUCUGUGUGAGGUACUUCAAAUUUGUAGGCUUCCCUUCCUGAAGGAGAAAGCAUCUGAUGAGCUGAAUUACGCUCAGGACGUCAUAGAGUUCCUCUCACACAUGGGCUGUCUGAUGAGGGUGUCAGAUGUUGAAGUGAGACAGCAGAUAGUUGAGUCAGUGAAAUCGUUCUACAGCUGUGUGGCUCCUAAACAGCUGCUUGACGGGCUUCAGCCGACCUCUCCAGGCUACAGGCUGCAGCUGCUGGAGCGCAGCGACCUGGCUCAGACGCUGCUCCUCUCCAUGGCCGCUCUGGAGAACCAGCCUGCCAUCAAGCUGCAGCUCCUGCAGACCCUUAAGAUCCUCUCCAGCUCCUCUGAUAUGAAUUGUGCGUUAAUACUGAAAGCACGAGGAGCAGAGACCAUCUGCCUCCACAUGAACGAACCUGACCCGUCCGGUCAGGUCCUGUUCCGCUCCUCCGAAAUCCUCUGGAACCUGCUGGAGAGAGGCAGCAAGGAGGUCACUGCUCAGCUCAGCAGCAUGGAGUGUGUCAUAUCCCUGAAAGAAGCGUUUUCUCACCAGCUGAUGAACGGUUUCCGACAUUCUGACCUCCAACUCAGAAAUGAUCUGCUUGUCAUCAUAACUCUCAUCGCUGAGAAUCCCAACUCUCUGCUUAUUGAGAGUUUGUUUGCCAAACAGCUUGUGGUUUUUGUCACAUUUCCAGAGCUGAAAAGUCAAAACCCUUUGAUCCGCAACCUCAAGCUCACCUACAGUAAUGAAGACUUGAAAAUGAAGAAAUUGCUUUUGAAUCUGCUGGUUUUGAUGUCAAAGGACUUAGCUGCUCUGCAGCUUUAUAAAGAGGAAAGAGUCAUGCUCGCUCUGCUGACACUCAUGAAGCCAACCGUUGCCUCGCCUGAGCGCCAUUCGGUGUCACGUCAGUGGUCCUCGGCCCAGCGGGAGGAGCUCCAGCUGCAGGCGCUGGCCACCCUGGCCAUCGUCGCUCCGCUCAUGUUGGACGACUACAUGUCCUGUCAGGGAAACACGUGUCUGCUGCUCCUGCUGGACUGGUGCAUCGCUCAAGAUGCUUUCUUUGGUCAGGGUCAGAGCUCUGGAAGAGGCAGUAAGAAGGCUCAGAUGCGGCAUUGUAUCAGAGUGCUGAGAUCUGUGACGUCUUUAGGUGAAGACUCAGUCAACCAGGACCUUUGUGAUCAAGGAACUAUCAACCAGUUGUUGGGGGUUUUGAUGCAGAUGGAAGCGAGUCCUGAUGAGGAGGAUUCGGUCACCCUGGAGAUGAAGUCAGACAUUCAGCUGAUACUUUCAGCGCUGUGUGAGAAUGACAUGCACAGAAAGGAACUGUUUGGAUCAGAGGGCGUUGAGAUGGCGGUUCACUUCCUGAAGAAAGGCUCCAACAAGUUCUACAGCGGUCUGGGACACAACAAGCUCAUCCUCUCCACAGUGGACUGUGUGUGGUCCUGUAUUGUGGGCUGCUACACCACAGAAGAUUACUUUUUGGCUAAGGAGGGGGCGUCUCUUCUGUUGGAUUUACUCAGUUCGAGCCCCAGAUGUGUACACAGCAACGUCCUCGCCACCCUGCUGGAGCUGUGUGACAACCCCAACACUCUGUCUCACAUCCUGAGCUGGAGGGACGGCGGCGGUCAGACGGCUCCCAGGUUCCUGCUGCAGCUGUGGAGGGACGAGGAGGAAGAGCUGAAAGUCAGCAGGAACCACCACGGAGGGAUCACAGACGCCCAGAGGCCCAUUCUCAAUCAUCAUCAGCAGCAGGACGCCCAGCUGUCAUUUCCUGCUAACACACCGAGUGCAGCAGUGCUGGAGCUGUCCGAGAACCUGCGGUCAAAGAUUUACUCCAUCUUCUGCAAACUUGGUUUUCAAGACCUUCCCGGAUUGUCAAGAAAACAUUAUGUGACCUUGAGCAUCGUCAGGCGAUAUCUGGACUUCAAGGUCGGUGAGGUGUGGGAGGAGAUCAGCAGGGAACUGAGUUUGGACGGCGUGAGGCCGAUCACCCCCGACGACGAGGCUCUGAGUACGAUCUUUAAGAUCACAGAGGACACGGCGAGGAGGGUCGCAGCGGAACAAAACAGCAUCCUGGAGCAACAGGAGAAGGAGGACAUUGGCGAGGAGGAGCUCAUGUACACAGAGAUUAAGUCUCAUUGGACGCAGCGGGAGCUCACAGCCAAGUCAUGGGACAAUUACGUUUCCAAAACUUCAAACUAUGAGAUCCUAAAGGAAGUAAAAGCACAGAGGGAGAAAUACAUUGAAUCAUCCAGACCCAAACCAAAGCAUCAGGAUGCUGCAGUUCGUCAUACAGAGCAUUUCAUCGGGCAGGUGAUGUCUGUAGAGAGGACAGACGGUCAGGGGCCCGCCGGAGUGAAAGUGAUGCUGGCCAGAGCUCCCAUCAAGGCUGCAGGUCAGAACGAAGUGGGAGCCACAACACAGGACCCAGAGUACUUCAGCACCGUAUCUGUAAAGGACUGAUGUUCAAUACACGCCCUUUACACUGUCA